AUGUCUAAAGACGAGUUAAUCAAAGUAGUUAAAAAUCAAAUUCUAUUUAGAAAAAAGCUUGAAACUAAAAUAACUGAAUUAUCAAAUACGAAUUUUAGUGAAACUGAACAACAACUUCGUAAACAAAUUGAUGAUGAACAGUUAAAGUAUUCUAAAUUAAUGCUAGAAUUUGAUCAAAAUAAAAUUAAUCAAUCAAAAGUUCAAGAAGAACUCAGUGUCACACGUGAAUCAUUAGAAAUCUUUCGAUUACAAAAUGAAACAUUAAAAAAUUCAUGUCAAAAUUUACAAGAUGAAAUAUCAACACUUCAAAAUAAACUUUCAACAGUUCAUUCAUCAUUAACAAAUGAAUCUCAAAAAUCUUCAUCUCAUUUUGCACUUUUAUCAAAAUUUAUCUCAACAACAAUUGAUCUGUUACAUUUACCAAUAUCUUUAUCAGAUAUAAAUAAUAGUGAAUUUUUUCAAAUCUACAAAAAUGAAUUAGAACAAAAACAAGAAAAUUUUAAACAAUUAUUUGAAAAUAUAGAAGAAGAAAAACGUCAUUUACAACAACGUAUUGAAGAUUUAGAAUUUUUAAAUGAAGAAAUAAAAUUAGAAAUUGAUGAUUUAAGAUUAAAAUCAAUGAAUUAUCAACAAGAUAAACAACUAAGGGAAAAAGAAAUUGAUAAUUAUCGUCGACAAAUUGAAGAUUUUGAAGAACAAUUUCUUGAAUUACAACGUGAAAGUCAUUAUCAUCAUUUAACAACAUAUGAAAAAUCUUCACAAUCAUCAUUGUUAACAUUACAUCAAACAGAUGAAAAUAUUGAUGAAAUUAUUUCUCAAUGUAUGGAUUAUAUUCUUAUUCAAAUAGGUCACCAAAAUCAACAUAUAUCCAAAGCAUCAUCAACAUCAUCAUUACUUCUUUCAUCAGAUAUUCCAACACUAUUACAUUCCAUUGGUAUAACAAAUUGUACAGAUGAAGAUUUUUCUGUACCAUUAAAUUUUGAAAGUGUACUUCGUUUAUGUACUAUAUUAAUUGAACGUUGUCGAGUUUUACAAUAUAUUUUACUUAAAAAUAAUGAUAUAUCAAGAAAUUCAUUAAUUGAUAGUGAUUAUUAUAAAGAUUGUGUUUCAUUUUUACAAAAUAAUGGUUAUGAACAAUGUAAAAUAUUAAUUCAUAAACAUGAUCAUAUUGUAUUAGAUACACUUUUCGAAAGAAUUUAUACAGGAAUGAAUCAAACAAUUAGAUCUGAUGCUUGGCAAAUUAUUAUUGAAAAACCAAUUGAACAGAAAAUUUUACCAUACAUUCGAUUAGAAUUCGAUAAUUUUAAAUUUGUAUCCGAAGAAGUUGAACAUAAACUUAUUCGUUUACGUUCUCAAUAUGAUCAAUUAUUAAAAGACAAUGAAGAACAACAACAUAAAAUAACUCAAUUAGAAAAACGUCUUUACUCAACUAAUUCUUAUGAACAAUUAAAACAACAUCAAACACAAUUAGAAGAACAACUUGCUAAACAAUGUGAAAAAACGAUAGAAUUAGAAAAUAUUCUUAAACAUGAAAAUAUCGAUAAACUAAACUUUGAUCAAUUAAAACAAAUUGAACUCUCUUAUUAUGAACUACUAGAAAAAUAUCGUAUUGCUGAACAAUUAGAACAACAAUUAAAACAAUUAAAUCAAAAUCUUAAUGAAAAAGAUCUCGAAUUACAACGACAAUAUGAAUUAUUUGAAAAAUUAAAAAUUGAUUAUGAACAUCAACAUUUUUAUUUAUUAGAACGUAAUGAAAAUAUUCGUUUACUUAAAAUUGAAUUAGAACAACAUGAAAAGUCAAAAGAAAAUCUUAUUGAACAAUAUCAAAAUCAAAUAAAACAAUUUCAAAAUGAUUUAGAACAACAAAAAUUAUUAUUAAUAAAUGCAACACAAAAUCAAAAUGAAAUAUGUUCAUUAAAAUUGAAACAACAAAAUGAAUUAAAUGAUUUAAUUCAAAUAAAAAUAAAUGAAAAUAAACAAUUAAUUGAAAAAAAUCAACAAUUAGAUAAUGAUUUAAAAGAAAAAAAUAAGUUUAUUAUAGAAAAAAAUCAGCAAACUGAUGAUUAUCAAAAACAAUUAAAUUUAUUAAAUAUUGAAUGUGAAGAAUUAAAAAUAAAAUUUUACGAUAUGAAAGAAGAAAAAGAUAAUUUAAUCGAUGAAAUUAAUUUAUUAAUAGUUAAAAUAGUAAAUUUAGAAAAAGAAAAAUCCGAAUUUAUCAAAAAUAUUGAUGAUUUGAAACAACAAUUAGAAACAAAUAAUCAAACAAUUGAUCAAGAAAAGAUUCAGUUACAACAAACUAUGGAGAAUCGAAAACAUGAAUUAGAUUUAAAUAAAACUUCUAUUCAAGACGUUCAAUUAAAACAAUCAGUAAACGAUAAUGAACAAAAACAAGCCAUUGUUAUCGAUAAUCAUCAAUCAGAAUUAGAAGCUAUAUCAAAAGAAAAUGAAAUACAUAAUCAAGUUAUUAUUGAAUCAAAUGAUAAAAUAAAAAACCAAAUAUCUGAUCCGGGUGAAAAUAUUCAAGAAUUAAAAGAAAAAUAUCAAAAAAUGAAAAUGUUAUUAACACGUCUUAAAAGAGAAUUACAAGAAAAAGCUCAACAUCAACCAAAACAAAGUUUAAUUGAUCUUGAAUUAGCUGAUUAUGAAAAAACAAUUAAAAAUUUAAAAGAUGAUUUAAUUAAUAAAGAUAAAGAAAUUCAAGACUUACAUGAUGAGUUAUCUAAUUGUACAGAUAAAUAUACGUGUCUUAAACUUGAAAACAACAAUUUAGAACAACAAAAUAUACAAAAUGAAGAACGUGCUAAUAAACUUAAAGCACUUUUAGAUAAUAUAAAAAAAGAAUUACAAUAUGCUAAAGAUCUUGAAUUACAACGACAUUAUAACGAUGAUCAUACAGGAGUAUUAAUUGAAAAACUACAAAAUGAUUUAGAUAAUAAUAAAAUAUUGAUUAAUCAUUUACAAAAUGAAAAACAACAAUUAAUUGAAAAAUUAAAUAAUCAUAAUGAUACAAGUCAACGAACUAUUAGUCUAUUAGAACAAAAUUUACGUAUUGCUAAACACGACUUAGAUAUUGUAAAACAAGAUUAUGAUACACUUCAAGAUGAUUUCAAUAGUUAUAAAAUUCGAGCACAAAGUGUUCUUAAACAGCAUCAAUUAAAUCAACGUGAACGUACACCAUCAUUAGCAGAAAAACAAACUGAAUUAGAAGAAACAAUUGAAAAAUUAAAUAUAACUCUUCAAGAAGCAAAUAAUAAAAUUCAAUUAUUAAUGUCUGAAAAUGAUACAUUACAAAAAGAACGUGAUCGUCUUAUGGAAAUUCAAACUAAAUUAAUGGAUGAAUCAAAAAAACGAGAACAAGAUCUUCGUAAACAACAUAAAAUCGAAAUAGAUAACAUCGAAAAUGAAUAUUUACAACGAAUAAAUGAUAAUGAUGAUAAAUUAAAAAAUGCUAUACUCCAUAAUGAUACGCUUUCUAGAGCAUUUAAGGAACAAAUUGCUACUAUGGAAUCUGAUCAUGAACGUUCAAUAUCAGCUUUACAAAGUGAGCUAGAAACUUCUCGACAAAAAAUGGAACAAUUACAAAUUCGUAUUGAAUUAUUACGACAAGCAAAUAUUGAUAAUGAAAAACCAACAUCAAAUCCUGAAUCAUUACAUAUCGGUAUAAGUAAUCAUUGUAAUAGAGAUGAUAUCCUUGCAUGCAGUACUCCUGAAUAUCAACAAGGAGAAGAGUCCGAAUCGACUAAUAUUAAUUAUCAAUCAUCAAAUAUUGAUAUGAAACCAUCUGAUAAUGUCUUACAUGAUGCUAGUAGUACUAUUGAAAAUAAUACUACUACAAACAAUAUUAAUACUUUAUCACCAUUAAACGAUAAAUCACGUGAUAAUAUAUUUGAAUAUAUUCAACUCGAACGACAACGUUCAGAAGAUGAAUUAAAUAAAACGAAAUUACUUUUACUUGAUACAACUGAACUUUUAAAUGAAUCUGAAUUAAACAAUACACGUUUAAAUGAACAAAUUAAAUUACUUAAAGAUGAAAUACGACGUCUUGAACGUAAUAUGGAUCGUGCUGAAUCAAUAUCAAAUUUAGAAUAUUUAAAAAAUGUUAUUUUAAAAUUUUUUAUUUUAAAAUCUACCCAUGAACGUUUACAAUUAAUACCUGUACUUGUUACUAUGCUUAAAUUAAGUCCAGAUGAACAAGCACAACUUGUUCGUGUUGCAAAUUUACAAAUAACAACAAAUGAUGAAAAUUUAACGAAUAAUGUAUCAUCAACUCAACAAACAACUAAUGAUGUUAAUUCACCUUCUUGGAGUAGUUAUUUAAAUAUUUGGUGA